AUGGAAUUGGCACCUGGAGAGUUCAUUCAGCGCUGCCAUGUGACAACCACCACUGGAGAGCAGAUGAUCCUGGCCUUCAGGCUGUGCCUUGAAGAGCGCAUCAAGGGAGAGUCAGCUGGUGAGGAGGGCCAGUGCCCCACAGAGCCCGAUGUAAGAUGGGGCCCUGAGUCUGUCGUCUGUGGGCAGCUGGAUGCGCUCAGGGAUGGGGACGUGGAAAGGGCGCUGCGAUUUGUGUCCCUGCCAAAUGAGGAAGCCACUGGCCUCGGUCUUGACUCUUCGCUUGUGCGGCGCAUCCCGGCAUAUGCCCCACUGCUGUACCAUCAUGGCUACAGUGUGGCGGCCACAGCUCAGGUGUCUGCAGACAAGGCAGUCAUUUUUGUAGGGGACAGCAGCAGAAUGUUUGAGAAAGGGACGAGAGCACCAGAGAUAUCUAUAAGCGUCUUCCAACUGUAA